GCGAUCCUCUCCAAGGGGAUUGAUCUGAUGCAGCACAUCCGCGGGACACUUCAACAGCACAACACGCAUCUUUGGCAGUUGGCGGCACUUGGGAGUCGGCUCUGGCGUGGUCGUCCCAAUCUCCGCUUGGGGGCAUAUUUCGGAGAAAGGUACCACACCAUCUCUGGCAUCCUUCAGACUUACUGUCAUACCUGUGGGCGUGAAGCAGGCGCAGUCUACGCGGAGGUUGGAGUCUUCGAGGGUGACACGCCGCUACACCUGGCCAAAGUGGCUCUGCCGUCGCUAAAGGAGAUGCAUUUCAUUGAGCCAGACCCCCGCUACUUGCAGCUUGCAGGUGCGCGAGUAGCAGAAGUGUCACGGGCGCAGCGGUGGACUAGCUGCUUCGAGGUCUAUUCGCCCCUGAAUCCAAACACACUUGCUGCGCAUCCGCCCCAAAGCAGCGUGCUGUGGCAAUCCGCGACAUCUCGCUUCGUGUGCCUGGAGCCCACUGCUAGGACUGAAGGAAGCGUGUUCCUUCACCUCGCCAAUGGGACAUCUGCCUCGAAACGAUUCCUUCCUGGCAGCCUCGACGUGGUUUUCCUGGAUGCGACGUCCGGAAAAUUCCAGCUGGUGCUGCAGCAUCUUGAUA